CUUUUACAAAUAAGAUAUGAUGGUGGAACCAGGGCAAGAUUUACUGCUUGCUGCUUUGAGUGAGAGUGGAAUUAGUCCAAAUGACCUCUUUGAUAUUGAUGGUGGAGAUGCAGGGCUUGCAACUCCAAUGCCUACCCCGUCAGUUCAGCAGUCAGUGCCACUUAGUGCAUUAGAACUAGGUUUGGAGACCGAAGCAGCAGUUCCUGUUAAACAAGAACCAGAGACUGUACCUACUCCAGCACUAUUAAAUGUGAGGCAGCAGCCUCCAUCUACUACAACAUUUGUGCUGAAUCAAAUAAAUCAUCUUCCACCCUUGGGAUCUACCAUUGUAAUGACUAAAACACCACCUGUAACAACCAACAGGCAAACCAUCACUUUAACUAAGUUUAUCCAGACUACUGCAAGCACACGCCCGUCAGUCUCAGCACCAACAGUACGAAAUGCCAUGACUUGUGCACCUUCAAAAGACCAAGUUCAGCUGAAGGAUCUACUGAAAAAUAAUAGUCUUAAUGAACUCAUGAAACUAAAGCCGCCUGCUAAUAUUGCUCAGCCAGUAGCAACAGCAGCUACUGAUGUAAGCAAUGGUACAGUAAAGAAAGAAUCUUCUAAUAAAGAAGGAGCUAGAAUGUGGAUAAACGACGUGAAAAUGAGGAGUUUUUCCCCAACCAUGAAGGUUCCUGUUGUAAAAGAAGAUGAUGAACCAGAGGAAGAAGACGAAGAAGAAAUGGGUCAUGCAGAAACAUAUGCAGAAUACAUGCCAAUAAAAUUAAAAAUUGGCUUGCGUCAUCCGGAUGCUGUAGUGGAAACUAGCUCUUUAUCCAGUGUUACUCCUCCUGAUGUUUGGUACAAAACAUCCAUUUCUGAGGAAACCAUUGAUAAUGGCUGGUUAUCAGCAUUGCAGCUUGAGGCAAUUACAUAUGCAGCCCAGCAACAUGAAACUUUCCUACCUAAUGGAGAUCGUGCUGGCUUCUUAAUAGGUGAUGGUGCUGGUGUAGGAAAAGGAAGGACGAUAGCAGGAAUCAUCUAUGAAAAUUAUUUGUUGAGUAGAAAACGAGCAUUGUGGUUUAGUGUUUCAAAUGACUUAAAGUAUGAUGCUGAAAGAGAUUUAAGGGAUAUUGGAGCAAAAAACAUUUUGGUUCAUUCAUUAAAUAAGUUUAAAUAUGGAAAAAUUUCUUCCAAACAUAAUGGGAGUGUGAAAAAGGGUGUUAUUUUUGCUACUUACUCUUCACUUAUUGGUGAAAGCCAGUCUGGCGGCAAGUACAAAACUAGGUUAAAACAACUUCUGCAUUGGUGUGGUGAUGACUUCGAUGGAGUGAUAGUGUUUGAUGAGUGUCAUAAAGCCAAAAACUUAUGUCCUGUUGGUUCUUCAAAGCCAACCAAGACAGGCUUAGCAGUUUUAGAGCUUCAGAACAAAUUGCCAAAAGCCAGAGUUGUUUAUGCUAGUGCAACUGGUGCUUCUGAACCACGCAACAUGGCCUAUAUGAACCGUCUUGGCAUAUGGGGUGAGGGUACUCCAUUUAGAGAAUUCAGUGAUUUUAUUCAAGCAGUAGAACGGAGAGGAGUUGGUGCCAUGGAAAUAGUUGCUAUGGAUAUGAAGCUUAGAGGAAUGUACAUUGCUCGACAGCUGAGCUUUACUGGAGUGACCUUCAAAAUUGAGGAAGUUCUUCUUUCUCAGAGCUAUGUUAAAAUGUAUAACAAAGCCGUCAAGCUGUGGGUCAUCGCCAGAGAGCGGUUUCAGCAAGCUGCAGAUCUGAUUGAUGCCGAGCAACGAAUGAAGAAGUCCAUGUGGGGUCAGUUCUGGUCUGCUCACCAGAGGUUCUUCAAAUACUUAUGCAUAGCAUCCAAAGUUAAAAGGGUUGUGCAGCUAGCUCGAGAGGAAAUCAAGAAUGGAAAAUGUGUUGUAAUUGGUCUACAGUCUACAGGAGAAGCUAGAACAUUAGAAGCUUUGGAAGAGGGCGGGGGAGAAUUGAAUGAUUUUGUUUCAACUGCCAAAGGUGUGUUGCAGUCACUCAUUGAAAAACAUUUUCCUGCUCCAGACAGGAAAAAACUUUAUAGUUUGCUAGGAAUCGAUUUGACAGCUCCAAGUAACAACAGUUCACCAAGAGAUAGUCCUUGUAAAGAAAAUAAAAUAAAGAAGCGGAAAGGUGAAGAAAUAACUCGAGAAGCCAAAAAAGCACGAAAAGUAGGUGGCCUUGCUGGUAGCAGUUCUGAUGACAGUGGAAGUGAAUCUGAUGCCUCUGAUAAUGAAGAAAGUGACUAUGAGAGCUCUAAAAACAUGAGUUCUGGAGAUGAUGACGAUUUCAACCCAUUUAGAGAUGAGUCUAGUGAGGAUGAUGAAAAUGAUCCCUGGUUAAUCAGAAAAGACCACAAGAAAAACAAAGAGAAAAAAAAGAAGAAAAGUAUAGAUCCAGAUUCUAUUCAAAGUGCCUUAUUAGCAUCAGGUCUUGGAUCAAAACGACCUAGUUUUUCAUCUACACCAGUUAUCUCACCUGCUCCUAACAGUACACCAGCUAACAGUACCACCAACAGUAACAAUAGCCUUAUAACAAGUCAGGAUGCUGUGGAAAGGGCUCAGCAGAUGAAGAAAGACCUGCUUGAUAAGUUAGAAAAAUUAGCUGAAGACCUCCCCCCUAAUACCCUGGAUGAACUUAUCGAUGAACUUGGUGGCCCUGAGAACGUUGCUGAGAUGACCGGCCGCAAGGGACGGGUUGUGAGCAACGAUGAUGGAAGCAUAUCUUAUGAGUCAAGAUCUGAACUUGAUGUGCCUGUGGAAAUACUAAACAUCACAGAAAAACAACGAUUUAUGGAUGGAGAUAAGAAUAUUGCUAUCAUCUCAGAAGCUGCCAGCUCAGGUAUUUCAUUACAAGCAGAUAGGAGAGCUAAAAAUCAAAGACGAAGAGUUCAUAUGACUUUAGAAUUACCCUGGAGCGCUGAUAGAGCAAUUCAACAAUUCGGACGAACUCAUAGAUCAAACCAAGUGACUGCUCCUGAAUAUGUCUUUCUGAUUUCUGAACUGGCAGGAGAACAAAGAUUUGCAUCUAUUGUUGCUAAAAGACUUGAGAGUUUGGGGGCACUUACACAUGGCGAUAGAAGAGCAACAGAAUCUAGGGAUCUGAGCAGGUUCAACUUUGAUAAUAAGUAUGGAAGAAAUGCUUUAGAAAUUGUCAUGAAAUCCAUUGUAAACUUGGAUUCUCCUAUGGUAUCACCACCUCCAGACUAUCCUGGAGAAUUUUUUAAAGAUGUUCGACAAGGACUGAUAGGAGUUGGUCUGAUAAAUGUAGAAGAUCGCUCGGGAAUUCUUACUCUCGAUAAAGAUUAUAACAACAUAGGGAAAUUCUUAAAUAGAAUUUUAGGCAUGGAGGUACAUCAGCAGAACGCAUUAUUUCAGUAUUUUGCGGACACACUUACUGCAGUUGUUCAAAAUGCCAAAAAAAAUGGAAGAUACGAUAUGGGAAUCUUAGAUCUUGGUUCUGGAGAUGAAAAGGUGAGGAAGAGUGAUGUUAAAAAGUUUCUGACUCCAGGGUAUUCAACCUCUGGCCACGUAGAAUUAUACACAAUUAGUGUAGAGAGGGGAAUGUCAUGGGAGGAAGCUACCAAGAUUUGGGCUGAGCUGACAGGACCAGACGAUGGCUUUUACUUGUCAUUGCAAAUAAGGAACAACAAGAAAACUGCCAUCUUAGUUAAAGAAGUGAAUCCUAAAAAGAAACUUUUCUUAGUUUAUCGACCAAAUACUGGGAAACAGCUCAAAUUAGAAAUUUAUGCUGAUCUAAAAAAGAAAUAUAAGAAGGUCGUCUCAGAUGAUGCCCUGAUGCACUGGUUAGAUCAGUAUAAUUCAUCUGCAGAUACUUGUACUCAUGCUUAUUGGCGCGGCAAUUGCAAAAAAGCAAGCUUGGGGUUAGUUUGUGAAAUAGGUCUUCGUUGCCGUACAUACUAUGUAUUAUGUGGUUCAGUGCUGAGUGUCUGGACAAAAGUUGAGGGUGUUCUAGCAUCUGUCAGUGGCACAAACGUGAAGAUGCAGAUUGUGCGGCUAAGAACGGAAGAUGGGCAACGGAUUGUAGGUUUGAUCAUUCCGGCAAAUUGUGUGUCUCCUCUUGUAAAUCUCCUAUCAACUUCAGACCAGUCUCAACAGCUUGCGGUCCAACAGAAACAGCUAUGGCAACAGCAUCACCCUCAGAGCAUCACCAACUUGAGCAACGCAUAAAGAACAGACAGGUUUCAACAUGGAUGGAUCUGAAAUGCUGUUGAAGCAUAUCAUUUGCAUAAAAAUCAGGGACAGUUUCCAAAGAAUUAUAUAUUUUUUUCAGUUGUGCUCUCUCUAGUUAGUUUUUUUGGAAGUAAGGACAAACCUGGAAUAGAUAGCAAAACUGAAAAUCAGCAGUGCUGAUGGUGGUACAUAUGUCUUUCCUUUUGCUUCUCCCCUGGUACUUCCCAUCUGCUUUUACUUUGGGUGAGCAGAGCGGGAUGUGUGCGUGCGUGUGUGUCAGUCUGUUUGUGAGUGUGUUAAAGGCUACAGACCACAGUUGGUUUAAAAUGCUUGGAACUUCCCAAACUGGCUUUACUUUAUGUUUAUACAGUGCUCAGGGUUAACGCAGUACAUCCAUGCCAUUGCUGUGGGAGGUAUCCCCGGAUGCAUGUGUUUUGAGUCUAUAAAUAUAGAAAAUAUAUAUUGGUUUCUUUUUCCAGCUUAAUAGGUUUAUUAAAGCAUGAAAUGAAAGGUUGCAUAUCAUGCAUUCAGGUUAUUUUCUAAUUUUUGUUCUGACAGUGCAUGUCUUUGAAAGCAUGCGUAAACAAGAUUAACACAGAAGUCGAGUAACAGAGAGAAACAUUUGUUAGAUGUACAGCAUUGGUUAUUGCAUUUUUAUAGUGUUUAUACCUGGGUAUUGCUUCAAAUCCUGCAGACCCCUCCUGCCCCUUCUCCCUGCCCUAGGUUUCUGGUCAAGGUAAUGAGUACAUACAUUUUUCUGUGAUAAAACUCUUAAAAGUUAAUUUUAAUGUAUUAAUAGUAUUCCUAAUGUGUGCUGCAGAAAUGGCUGUAAGCCUCUUAAAUUUACAUUUUCAACUUAAAGGUAGUUUUAGAAAGAAGUACAAAUUGGCUUUCAUCUUGCAAACAAUCGUUUUUUACUUUGUUAUCUUAAUUUGCUUUUUCACUCAUAAAAAGGAAACCAUACUUGAGUUGUAGACAAUGAGGAAACACUUGAGGCUUCUGCUGUAUGUUUUUUUGUUACUGUUAUUGUUGUUACUCAGUAACUUGAAUAUUGUUUAAUGUGUUGUAAGACAUUGUAGAGUUUAUCUCAAGCUGUUAAAAAUGGUAAUGUACAAAUGUGAAUAGACACUUAUCUAUAUAAUAUGGGUAAGUUUUGUUUCACCUAUAAUAGAUGUUUAUAAGAACAAGUGAGGGGACAGUUGGUCUUUUUAUUUCCUUUUCUUUCUUUCUUUUUCUUUUUUUUUCUUUUUUCUUUUUUCUUUCUUUCUUUUCUUUUUUUUUUUUUUUUUGCUUACACAGGUUGCACUAUUGAAAAAUCGAGAUUGUAUAAACCUGGUAAAAAGCUGCAAGAUGCCAAAAUCUUGUAGAUGUCAAAUAAAAAGUUAUUAUACUAACAAGAAGUGGACUCUUGUUUAGGCCCUCACUGGUGACCUUCAGAAGUAGUCUGUGACGGGGACUCAGCAGAACUUGUGUGUUGCCUCAGCAUUCCAGGUAGCCUUAUAGUUUGGCUUAAAACUUAUCCCUAAAAUUUGAGAUGGCGUUGAGGGAAGGGGUGUAAUGAUACUACUUCUGAGUGUUUUUUAAGUUGAAUUGUUUGCUGUGUUUUUAAACUUCUUGCAGAAUUGGGUGAGAUGUGUGUUAAAACUGACAAACCUGGCUGAAAGCUUAGGGUGUUCAUCCUCUUGUGUCUCCUUUAGCCUGAGUUUGGUUAUGUCAAGCUUACCAUAAGUUUUCUUAGGAUUUAUUUAUUCUUGGUGCCUAAAAGAAUAAAUUGAAAGUACUUUCUGUUCUUUGGCACAUUUUGCCCAGUGGAUGCAACUUCUAUCCUCAGUCCAGUUCAUAUAUCUCAGGCAGUGAUCCAUUUUAUAUCAGCCAGUUUUCCUUGUUAGGGCCACUAGACCCGGCUGGCAGCCAAGAGCAGCACUGUCCCCACCUUCAGCAGAACUUCUCAGCUCAUGUGUGUGUUUUUAAAGCAGUAGUCAGCUUCCAUCAGCAAUGGAAGUGUCGCCCACUCCAGCAGAGGUACAGUCGCUGGACCUGAGGAAGGGAAGCAUUACAAACCCUCCAGUGAGACAGAAUGGCAGAGUUGGGAAGGAUCUUCUCUCAUAGGCUGUUGACCCAGCUCCUCUUUCUGUGUGUGAGGGCAUCUUCGUUUUUUAUGGCAUUUUCAAAGCAGCAUAUGAGGAUUCUUAGCAUGCAGCUAAUUGACAACCCCCAUGUCCCAUGAUGUAAUGUUUGCUCUGAACUAGCCAUCUUGAUACAUAGGAGUGUAUGUAUAUUAGGUUCUUUGUAGAACAGCUUUUUUGUUGUUGUUUUUUUCAUUUAAAAGGCCUCUGAAAGCCCUCUCAAAACGGACCUCAAAAAGGCAACCAGUAUUGAAUGGAUGGGAGCUGGGGCGAUGCAUGCCCAGGCUGGUCAUGGUGUGUGCAGCACCCAGAGAGUUGCACCCACUCCUUCUUCAGGUGGAUAUCCGACCUUUACACUGUGGUCUUACAAAAGUCAGCAAGUUCGGUUUGGCUGCCCUGUGAAACUUCGGCAUUCGAGGUCCUCUUCUGUUAAAACCCAACUCUUGGCUGGGCGCGGUGGCUCAUGCCUGUAAUCCCAGCACUUGGGGAGGCCGAGACUGGCAGAUCACUCGAGGCUAGGAGUUCGAGACCAGCCUGGCCAACAUCGCGAAACUCCAUCUCUAUCAAUAAAUACAAAAAAUUAGCCACUAACUUCUGUAAAAUAGGUCCAUUCAUUGCAGGAUCUCAGUGUCACACCUGACUUCAGAGGCCUUGUUUAACCCCUGUCCUCUUUGCCUCUGCAAUGCCUUUUUCUUCUUUUUAGCAAUAUGGCUCUGAGCACAAAGGUUUGAUUGGAAAUCACGUUCGGGUUUUCAGAGUUUACAGUGUCGGUUGUACUGAAAACCACUUUCAGAGUCUAAAGCAGCUCAGAUGUUAUCUCUGGGGGAAUUAAUGUUCCCCUAAUUUAGCAACCUCCAUACCACAAGGUCUCUAUUUGUAGUUACUGGGAUUAUCCAGAUACACUAUCAAUGAUACAAAUUCAUAGAUGUAUUAAUGCAUUUCUUUAAACAUGACUUGAUUAAGAAGCAGAUAUGUUAAGCAGUUUUCUUUUUCUGCUGCUAAAUUGCAGUUAGACACUUCAGUAUCUUCUCUACAUGUGUAUAUAAAUUAGUAAGAACCUGCAUUCAAAGCAAUGUAGUAGUGUGUGUAUGUAUCUAUAUAUAUUUAUUCUAACUCAGCACUUCAGAAGCCUUUUUGAGUUACAACAAUAUUUUAGUUUGCUUCAUCUGUAGAGGUAAAAGUUCUGUAUUACCAAGCUCCAGAGGAAUAUGAUAUUUUACAGGCACAGUUUUCUGGCUGUAGCCCCUGCGGCAUUCAUUUGCUGGCCUCCAUGGGAUGCUGUUAGAACAAUUGUUAGCCGGCAAGAGAAGAAAGGGUACCAGGACAGCAUUUACAGUUGUAGAAUGGGAGCCUUCUUCCCUCUCCCCUCCACUUUCAUUUUAGCAUGAGAGAAAAAAACAAUAGAUUGGAAAUGAUUGUUGCAUCUCACUUCAUGAAAGUAGGGGUGUAAGUUCCUUCUGGAUCCUUUUCUUGACAAGCAGUCAAGAGGAAGGUCCCCAUACACAUGUCCCUGUGUGAUACUUGGUAGUUUCUGAGAAUGGUGCUACAUAAGCGUUGCUGUUAGGCUGGGAUCCUAUUAACGAAUGUUCGGUUAGUUCAGGCUUCCCAGUGGCGAAGGCAGACACCGUGGAGAUGGACAUUUACUGACUGCCCUUCUUUGUGGCUCCGGUCUCCCUGGCUGACGCCACACCCGUGCGCACUGCGCUUGGCCCGCUUUGCUGCAGAAACACAACGAGCGUUUCAUGUCAGCUACAGCUGAGAGCAAAAACUGCAAAAAAAAAAAAAGUCUCAUUGGAUGCCAGUUGUCUGAUACAAAUGCAGUGUCUUUUAAGUGACAGAAACACACCUAAAUACCUGCAACUCAAGCUCGCUAGCAUUUUUUUUCUGAGUACUUGAGAUAAAAUCCAAAACCCACCCUCUAAUUUUAUGCUGUAUUUAUAUAUAUGUACAUAAAUGUAUAUAUAUAGAAAUGUCGAGUUCUUCUGGAUUCUGAAUGUAAAUAAUUCUUGUAAAUUGGGACUCCGCCCACCUGUUUCUCCCUUUUCCCUCUUCCCUUCAGCUCUAUUUAUUCUUUUCUUGACUUUCCCAUAUGGGGCAUCUUACGACUUUUUUUGUUUUUUGUUUUUUGUUUUUCAUUUAGAAAAGUAUGGAAAACUUUUCAUUUAGAAAAGUAUUUGUUCCUGUAUUUUAGAAUUCAGUUUUGCAUCUUUGCUGUAGAAUUGCUGUUUUGUGUUACUGUUUUUUACUGUGUCUUAUUGUGUUUUGCAUUUUUAUUGUGUGCAAUGCAUUGUACUGGGGGGAUGCACUUGAGCGCCUUUUCUGACGCUGACAUUGUGUGGCUGCUCGUGCUCCUUUAUGUUGUUCUUUGGAAGCUGUAGUGACCUGAUGUUUUCACAUUGUAAAAAAUGCUUCCUGAGACUUCUUUAAAGCUCCUCUAACUUCUUCAGUGCAUUUGGGAUCAAACUUAGCUCUUAGAUCAGCAAACGUGACUUGCUCCUACUUUUGCAGUUUUUCAGGCCUUAACAUAUUUCUUAUCUCUGGCUUCCCACCUGAUAGGAAAAUCUUGCAGAUUUGAAACAGUGGUUUCUGGCCUGCUGCUGUAGCAAAUUCCCUAUGUUUAUUUAAGAAGUUGGGCCUGGCCGGGCGCGGUGGCUCAAGCCUGUAAUCCCAGCACUUUGGGAGGCCGAGACGGGCGGAUCACGAGUUCAGGAGAUCGAGACCAUCCUGGCUAACACGGUGAAACCCCGUCUCUACUAAAAUACAAAAAAAAUCAGCCGGGCGAGGUGGCAGGCGCCUGUACUCCCAGCUACUCGGGAGGCUGAGGCAGGAGAAUGGCGUGAACCUGGGAGGCGGGGCUUGCAGUGAGCUGAGAUCCAGCCACUGCACUCCAGCCUGGGCAACAGAGCUAGACUCCGUCUCAAAAAAAAAAAAAAAAGAAGUUGGGCCUAUACUUUUAGCCUACGAAUAAUGAGUGAUACUUGCAAUGAACAUAGGUAGCCUGCUGCUGUUUAUAACCUGUUGAGGAUAUUUAUAGCAGGCAGGAGGCAGACCUAGGGUGUUAUUGACAGGUGACUUUAGAGAAUGUACAUCGGCGGGGCGCGGUGGCUCACGCCUGUAAUCCCAGCACUUUGGGAGGCCGACGAGGGCGAAGCACGAGGUCAGGAGAUCGAGACUAUCCUGGCUAACAUGGUGAAACCCUGUCUCUACUAAAAAUACAAAAAAAAAAUUAGCCAGGCGUAGUGGCGGGCGCCUGUAGUCCCAGCUACUCGGGAGGCUGAGGCAGGAGAAAGGCGUGAACCCGGGAGGCGGAGUUUGCAGUGAGCUGAGAUGGCAUCACUGCACUCUAGCCUGGGCAACAGAGCUAGACUCUGUCUCAAAAAAAAAAAAAGUGUGCAUUAAGGAACAAUUGUCCUCCAAAAGAGAGCCAAGCAACUGCUGUGGAGCCUCCUAGGCUGACUCUGCUGGAGGGUGAGAGGCAGGUGCCCACUGCAGCGCUGGCCCCUGGGAUCCCCGGAGCGGCUGUGCUCUCCACCCUUGUAUCGGCGAGUGGAUCUUGACUGCAUCAGCCAUAAGCCUAGAAGCAGAGCUGGAUCGAGAUGUUUUUAAUAAUUGGAGUUGGGAAGACCCGGAUGACUCAUGAAAAUGGUGGUGUUUGGCACCCGGGAGGCAGACAUUGGGUAUUUGUUCACAAUUUUGCACCUGUAAGAGCAUGUUCCUUUAUAGCUUUCAGGAAGGAUUGCCGUGAGCGUCUUUGGGGCCUUUCAUUCAUGUACAAGUUUCAUUCAUUACUAUUCAACUUGGUAGACUUGGUGAAAAUGUAAAAGCAUUCCAUAUUUGGAUCAGUCUUGGGAACUAAAUUUGUCGUGAAUUGGGGCCUGUCACAGAUUGCCUCCAGUGUGCAUCCACCACUCAGACCCUCCUUGCUCAGUCUCCCUCUGGAGCCCAUGGAGAAGCCGUGCUGUGGUUGGCAGUGCGGCCAUCUGCGCUGCAGCAACAUGGCAGGGUGCAGUCCAGCAAGACUGCCCUUUAGUGCAAGGCUAAGCUAGGAAAAGAAGCCCAAAAAAGCAGGUUCUUUUUGGUACUUGUAAUUCAGGCAUCCUCCAGAGUGAAGGCCACUCUACAGGCCCCUGGUGAGAACCUGCCUGGCUUUUCCACUGUGGGCCCCUAACCAGUACCCUGCCCUUGCGGCCCAUUUGUGCCUGGGCAGAUGUUUCUGGCCAGCAGACACUGAAGACCUUUUUGCUCUGACAGUAUUUAUGGCACUGAAGAGGAUAAAGAAGCUUGAGCCUCUUUCUGACUCCCACUUUAUGGGGCAGAGAGAGCUUUUUUUCUACGUAGCACAUUGCAGUCUCACCGCUAUCAGAAAAAUAUCCUGUUCAUGGUUUAUACUGAAUUUGCAAACUACUGAUAGGAGUUUUCAAUAACCACUUGUAUCUUCCAUCAUCCAUGAGAGGUGGGAAGAGGUACACUGUAUCUCUGCAAUAAAACUUUUGCCAGGUUCUACCUCCUCUGAGCAAAGGAUACUUUUCUAUGUAGGCGUAGAUCAUUCUCCUUUACUAAUCUGACAUGGUGCAUCUGGAGACGUCUGAUGGAAUCCAAAGACAACUUGAAACAAAGGCGGAUGUCAGCUCUUGGUUUGUUUUCAUUUCGUUCUCUUUUAAAUCUCCCUUUUGUUAUCGCUCCUGUUGUAGCGUGUCCAUCAGUGUGUGAAGGGUACGCCCUGUUCUGACGAUACUGCGUUGCUGCAUCCAGCCUUUCGUGGGAGCGCAGUACGAAGUGUCCGGCAUUGAUUAUUCUGACCACUUUUGAUAUGUAACUGAGAAAUUUGUCUCAUGCAAUAAAAAUGUACUGGCUGCAUUUUAGCAAGGUUUACUCUUGCAAGUAAAAAUGAUCAACCGUGAAGCAUAACAAAUUCUGUAUUUAGUUUCUUUUGUUGUUGUGGUUUUUGUUUUGUUUUUUGUUUUUGUAAGAUUCUCAAUAAAUUAAAUACAAGUCA